AUGUUUGAAGAAUUGAUUCAAGGCAAGACCCUGCGUCGAAUUUCUCGAUUCAGUUGCUCUGUGGGCUUCAUGAUUGAGGGAUACCAAGCCGGUGUCCUUGGGGGAGUACAAUCAACAGCUCCAUUUCUUAAUGCUAUCGGGAAUCCGACAGGAACCGAAACGAUUCCAAUGAUUGCAUCUUCCUAUACUCUGGCAGCUGCAUUUAUGGCAUGUGUGGUUAUGUUUGUCGGAAUGCCUCUUGGUCGACGAAAUUGCAUCAUCAUUGGAAAUGUUUUCAUUACAAUUGGGGGUGCCAUUCAGGCUGCAUCAUUCUCUGUCCCACAAAUCAUCGUGGCGAGGGUACUUUCUGGAUUUGGCAUUGCAUUUAUCACGUGCAAUGUUCCUAUGUAUAUGUCGGAAAUGAGCAUUGAUGCUCGUGGACGUGGUCCAGAAGUGGCUAUCAACUGUUCAUCCCUGGUUUUUGGAGUCGCCUUCUCCUACUGGGUGACAUUUGGCUUCACAAGAAUGUCAAAUCAAGUUUCCUGGAGAAUCCCAGUCGCCAUUCAAAGCAUUCUCGCCAUUCUAUCAGGUAUUACCAUGAUAUUUCUACCCGACACACCACGAUGGUACUAUGCUCGAGACCGAAUUGACGAAGGCGAUCAAACACUCGCUCGUAUUUAUGGCGUCCAUCGCACCGGUAUGAACAAUAGCAACGAUUUUGAAGAGAUCCGAGUCAUCAAAGCAAGCAUCAUGGAAAACUUCGAAGUGGAAGAAGAACCACGCAACCGCCUGACACUCCUGAGUUUGAUCUGGGACAACACACCCCUUCGUGUGGGCCGACGGGUGCGAAUCUCGUUCAUCAUUCUCGCUAUCCAGCAAUCAAUGGGGAUCAAUAUCUUGAUCUACUACAUGACACAAAUCUUUGAAGAAGUCGGAUUAACAAACUUCAUGGCAUCCUUGCUAGCAGCAAUUGGAUUGACGAUUCAAUGGUUCGGUUCCAUAUUUUGUGUGAUGACGAUUGAACGAUUUGGUCGCCGUCAAAUCAUGUUGAUUUCGUCCGCCAUAGAGACGUCCUGUAUGCUGAUAUUUGUCGUCCUCAACUUGAUCAAAAACAAGACGAUAGCAACGCAAUGGACUGCUGUGGCUAUCAUGUUUCCCUAUCUGUUUGUGUACGGCUGGGGCUGGGUGGGAUGUCCAUGGUUGUAUGGGCCGGAGAUUGCGCCGCUUCGGUACCGCCACAUUGGAUCCGCAGCUGGUAUCCUCGGGGUGUUUGUCUUUACAUUCCUGACUGUUUUUGCGGGGGGGAUUGGACUUGAAACUGUUGGGGCGAGGAUUUGGAUUUGGCCUCUCGUCUUCAAUGUCGUGGCAUUUCUAUUCGUCUACUUCAUGUGUCCAGACCCUACAAAUAAAACACUUGAAGAGGUAGACGCCCUCUUUGCUAAGGAUGAAGCGGUUCUAGAUCGCCUAAAUCAUGGAAACCACCCCGAAGAUGAAAAGCCUGGCAUGCAGCAAGUCGAGAACGCAGCCUAG